AUGUCUCUGCCGGGAAUUGAACCAGGCCCACAAGCUUUGAACGCCUUAACCACUAGAACACAGAGACGGGUUAGUUGCUCGGGCGAUCCCGAUCCAAUUGGCCCUGACAAAAUCUUCAUAACAGACGUGGUCCAUGGUAAGGUCUUCGUCGGCGAGAACACUGGCCCAUAUUUCUAUGGGCAGGACAUCGAGGAAAUCGACCUGGCAGGCGUUGAGGCUCCCGUAGGCAUUGACUACGAUUAUCGAACCAACAGGAUAUAUUGGACUGAUCGGGAGACUAGAAGAAUCAGUCGGGCUUUCAUUGAUGGGUCGGGACAAGAAAUAAUAGUUAACGAAAACCAAGGCAUUGGAUCCCCACAAGGGAUAGUCUUAGAUCUAGCGGCGAGACUAUUGUAUUGGACGGAUACACUGCUAGAACGUAUUACGAGUGCUAGUCUGGAUGGGAGUAACCGCCGAACUAUUAUAAGUAGUGAUCUCUAUCGUCCAUGGAGCAUUACCCUUUCUCAAAAAAGAGGGAAACUGUAUUGGUGUGACGAAGGUCAGACAACUGGAAAGAUUGAAAUGUCAAAUAAAGAUGGUUCCGAUCGGAGAAAGUUGAUUACAGCAUCCCUUACACAACCUUACGGACUGGCCCUUGAUUCACAAGAACAACGCUUGUACUGGACGGAAGGUUUUCAUGAUGUCAUACAUUCGAUCAAUCUCGAUGACUUAUCCGACCGGAAAGGUCACGUCUACGCCGAAAGAGGGGACUUAAUCCUAUUUGGCAUCUCGCUCUAUUUCAGCUCAAUCUACUUUACCGACUUCUCGUCGGGAAGACUUUAUGCGUCUGAAAUCGGGGCUGAGGAUAUCAGGGAAGUUACUGGAUUUACAGAAGGGGCACCUACUCGUGUCAAGAUCUAUGCAGACUUAACCUGUGAUACAUCCUGCAUUGGUAACAGUCGAUGUCAGUUGAUCGCGUAUGAUACUCCAGAAUGCGUUUGCAUAGUUGGAUGGGAGGGGUUCAACUGUUUUACACGUGUUACGUGUAUCCUGCCAGAUCCCCCGUCAAUGGCCUCAUUCGUCAACCCCAGCGACAGCUACUCAUCAAGUACUACAGUGACAGUCGUGUGUGACAAUGGCAAUGACCAAGUUGAGUGGAUCUGCAACGGUUACACGGGGAAUUUCGAUCGUGAACCAAUCGAUUGCAGCUCUCCACGAGCAGCAGCUGACAGAAUCUUCAUAACAGACGUGAUCCAUGGUAAGGUCUUUGUCGGCGAGAACACUGGCCCAUAUUUCUUUGGGCAGGACAUCGAGGAAAUCGACUUGACAGGCGUCGAGGCUCCAGUAGGCAUUGACUACGACUAUCAAACCAACAGGAUAUAUUGGACCGAUGAGGAGACUAAAAGAAUCAGUCGGGCUUUCAUUGAUGGGUCGGGGCAAGAAAUAAUAGUUAACGAAAACCAAGGCAUUGGAACCCCAGAAGGAUUAGUCUUAGAUCUAGCGGCGAGCCGAUUUUACUGGACGGAUAUACUGCUAGAACGUAUCACGAGUGCUAGUCUGGAUGGCAGUGACCGCCGAACUAUUAUAAGUAGUGGUCUCUAUCUCCCAUGGAGCAUUACCCUAUCUCAAAAAAGAGGGAAACUGUAUUGGUGUGACGAAGGUCAGACAACUGGAAAGAUUGAAAUGUCAAAUAAAGAUGGUUCCGAUCGGAGAAAGUUGAUUACAGCAUCCCUUACACAACCUUACGGACUGGCCCUUGAUUCACAAGAACAACGCUUGUACUGGACGGAAGGUUUUUAUGAUGUCAUAGAGUCGAUCGAUCUCGAUGACUUAUCCGACCGGAGAGAUCACGUCUACGCCGAAAGAGGGGACUUAACCCUCGUUGGCAUCUCGCUCUAUUUCAACUCAAUCUACUUUACCGACUUCUCGUCGCAAGGUCUUCAUGCGUCUGAAAUCGGGGUUGAGGAUAUCAGGGAAGUUACUGGAUUUACACAAGGGUCACCUACUCAUGUCAAGAUCUAUGCAAACUUAACCUGUGAUACAUCCUGCAUUGGUAACAGUCGAUGUCAGUUGAUCGCGUAUGAUACUCCAGAAUGCGUUUGCAUAGUUGGAUGGGAGGGGUUCAACUGUUUCACACGUGUUACGUGUAUCCUGCCAGAUCCCCCGUCAAUGGCCUCAUUCGUCAACCCCAGCGACAGCUACUCAUCAAGUACUACAGUGACAGUCGAGUGUGACAAUGGCAAUGACCAAGUUGAGUGGAUCUGCAACGGUUACACGGGGAAUUUCGAUCGUGAACCAAUCGAUUGCAGCUCUCCACAAACUCCACAAGCAGGAGUUGUAUCCUUUGCGCGCAAGACUGCUAAUAAUACUGCCUGUAUCGUCAUUGUUCUAGGACCAUCGAUUGCAUUAAUCGGCGGGAUUAUUGGCGGAGUAGUGGUCUUGGUGUUGAUUUGCGUCAUUGUCUGUGCGGUCCGCAAGCCCCAAAGAACUCCCGCGGCCCCCGCCCAGACUCCUGCUGGCCCCACACUCGUCUACACUGUGAGGGCCCAACAACAGGUUAUCACAGCCGAGCGUCCUGCUGUUAAUGAGAUAUCCAAUGUCAACCAGGUUAACCACGUGAACAUGAUGAACCCUUCCGGUUCAUCCGUUGCUACGUCGGGCAUGGAAGAUAAGAAGCAGACGGAACAUGAAUACAUGUCGACGAUGGCCCCAAUGCCCCCUCCCUACACAUCUAAUCGCGAGUAA